AUGGCCAAAGCAAACGCUGUUGGAAUCGAUCUUGGCACAACUUACUCCUGUGUUGGAGUCUUCAUGCACGGUAAAGUAGAAAUCAUCGCCAAUGACCAAGGAAACCGUACCACCCCAUCGUACGUUGCCUUCACAGACUCCGAACGUCUCAUCGGUGAUGCCGCCAAGAACCAAGUUGCCAUGAACCCACAGAACACAGUUUUUGGUAAGUUUACUUGUUUUAUUACUUGAUUUUAGGUAACAAGAUACAUAUAUGAGGAUAUUUUUGGUUAAUUUAUAUAUUAGGUCUAAGUAUUUUAGGUACAAACGAAAGAGUUUUUACUGUUGUAGUUUUUGUUUAUAGGAUAGUUGUUGAGGCUAUAUAAAGUAUUUUUAAGUAAUAAUUUGAUGUUUUUCAGACGCCAAGAGAUUGAUUGGCCGAAAGUUCGACGAAUCAACCGUUCAGGCUGACAUGAAGCACUGGCCCUUCAAAGUAAUCAGUGCUGAAGGUGGACGACCAAAGGUUCAAGUUGACUACAAGGGAGAGACCAAGACCUUCUUCCCAGAAGAGAUCUCAUCUAUGGUAUUGAUCAAGAUGAAGGAGACAGCCGAAGCUUUCUUAGGACAGGAAGUCAAGGACGCCGUUGUCACCGUCCCAGCCUACUUCAACGACUCCCAACGUCAGGCUACCAAGGAUGCUGGAGCCAUCGCUGGUUUGAACGUCCUUCGUAUUAUCAACGAGCCUACUGCCGCUGCUAUCGCUUAUGGUUUGGAUAAGAAAGGAGGUACCGAACGCAACGUUCUGAUUUUUGAUUUGGGAGGUGGUACCUUCGAUGUGUCCAUCUUGACCAUUGAAGACGGUAUCUUCGAAGUCAAGUCGACAGCUGGUGACACUCACUUGGGAGGUGAAGAUUUCGACAACAGAUUGGUCAACCACUUCGUCCAGGAGUUCAAGAGAAAGCACAAGAAGGAUUUGGCUUCCAACCCACGUGCUCUCCGUCGUCUUCGUACUGCUUGUGAACGUGCUAAGAGAACCCUCUCCAGCUCUACUCAAGCUAGGUAAGUUAAUCAUGAUACUUAUUUAUUUUUUUGAUUUUAUUUUGGGAAAUUAAAGUUCAUAAGUUUAUUUUUAUGUUUUCAGCAUUGAAAUCGACUCGUUGUUCGAUGGUAUCGACUUCUACACCAACAUCACCAGAGCUAGAUUUGAGGAACUCUGUGCCGAUCUUUUCCGUAACACCAUGGACCCUGUUGAGAAGGCUCUCCGUGACGCCAAGAUGGACAAGUCUCAAGUCAACGACAUUGUGUUGGUCGGUGGCUCAACCCGUAUUCCAAAGGUUCAGAAGCUCCUGUCGGACUUCUUCUCUGGCAAAGAACUGAACAAGUCCAUCAACCCUGACGAGGCCGUUGCCUAUGGUGCCGCCGUUCAGGCUGCCAUCUUGUGUGGUGAUAAGUCAGAGAAUGUACAAGACCUGUUAUUGCUUGAUGUCGCUCCAUUGUCUCUUGGUAUUGAGACUGCUGGAGGUGUGAUGACUUCCCUCAUCAAGAGAAACACCACUAUCCCUACCAAGACUUCCCAAACCUUCACCACCUAUUCGGACAACCAACCCGGCGUCUUGAUCCAAGUUUUCGAAGGAGAACGUGCCAUGACUAAGGACAACAACUUGCUUGGCAAGUUCGAACUCUCCGGUAUCCCUCCAGCCCCACGUGGUGUCCCUCAAAUUGAGGUUACCUUCGACAUUGAUGCCAACGGUAUCUUGAACGUGUCCGCUCAAGACAAGUCCACUGGAAAGGAAAACAAGAUUACCAUCACCAACGACAAGGGACGUUUGUCCAAGGAAGAGAUCGAAAGGAUGGUUCAAGAUGCUGAGAAGUACAAAUCCGAAGACGAAAGUCAACGUGAACGUGUCUCCGCCAAGAACAACUUGGAAUCGUACUGUUUCAACAUGAAGCAGACUGUUGAGGAUGAGAAGGUAAGAAUUUUUCGGCUUUACUGGUGACAUUUUGUUGUAUUUCGACUUAUUUUUUAAUUUGAAUUUUAACUUUUUUGAUUUCAGCUGAAGGACAAGUUGAGCGAAUCUGACAAGAAGACCAUCUUAGACAAGUGCAACGAGACCAUCUCAUGGCUUGACAGCAACCAGACGGCCGAGAAGGAGGAGUUCGAACACCACUUGAAGGAAGUCGAAGGAGUGUGCUCACCGAUCAUCACCAAACUGUACCAAUCAGCUGGUGGUGCUCCUCCAGGCGCUGCUCCAGGUGGAGCCCCUGGUGCCGGUGGAGCUGGUGGUCCAACCAUCGAAGAAGUAGAUUAA